CCAGGACCCUCUGGGUCAGGCUGGCAGGCCAGUGAGCACUAGGGGUAGUGGGUUGGGGGCCUAAGGGCCCUGGUGGCCCUAGGGACCGCCAUGGCCAUGGCUGAGCGGCCACGGCCUGAGUGGGCCUCAUAUCAAAACCCCAGCACCAACAACUGCCAGGACAUGGGAAACUCCAUUCUGUUGCUGUUGGGUCUCAUCAUCUGUAUUAACAUUGGCAUCAAUUUGGUGACCCUGCUCUGGAGCCGACUCCGCAUCAUCUUACACCGAAUGUUCCAUAUCAUUUGUGAGAAAGAAACUACUAAAUUAUCCUCACCUGGGAGGCAGACCCAGCCCUCGAGGAAGCAGGCCUACCCUGAAGUCCGCCUUCGAUGUACCAUGGACCCUGUGAAGAUGACUGUGACCCCCCCACCCACUCGUCGUCACCGCCGUAGAGCCUCUCAGUCUCGCCGUGCCCGCCGUCCAAUAGCGUGGGCCCCUGACACGGAUGAUGAGAAUCUUCCACACCAGGCAAUUUGCUCCCACCACUGGGAUGGUCCUAAGGACUGGGAAGGUUUCCAACCCAUGCAGGAGAUCUGGGAACCUUGGACUCGGGAUGGUCUAGAGCAACCUCCCCAGACCAUCCGAUUCCAGCCAACAGUAGAGGGAAGGCCUCUCAAAACAGAUAUCCGGUCAGAGCAGGGCCUAGAGGCCUAUGUAUAUACUGUGAACCCUCCGCCUCCCAGCCCAGAGGCUUUGACCCAUAAAAACAAUGCGGUGGGGCCAAUGGCAGGUGCUGAAGGUGAGCAAGCACAGUGCCAGCCUACCCCAACACCCUUCCUGGGUCCUUCAAAAGUCCCUGAAAUACCCCGGCGCCGUUCCUCGGUCCGACUAGUAUAUGAUGCCCGAGAUGUGAGGCGACGGCUACGAGAGCUGACCCGGGAAGUGGAGGCUUUGUCCCAUUGUUACCCCUUGGUUUCUGGAUCCAGCACAGCUGAGGGGACAAGCAAAGACUGGGUGUACCGUCCCCUGAAGGGAAGAUGACUGGGAAAAAAAUAAAAAGGAGAGAGGAA